AGCCCCCCCGCCCCCUCCCGAGCUUGCAUAUAAAGUGGGGGCUGCAGCAGUGGCACCGGCGGCUGCGGUGGCGGAGCUCCUUCGAGGUUCUGGUCCUCCCUUUGCUCCUCCGUGGGAAGAGCGCACUCUUCACCCGGCCUCGCCCAGACUCACACCAGCGCUCACAGGGCUUCCCGCCGGGACCAUGCGCGGCCGUGAGCUCCCGCUCGUCCUCCUCUUGGCUUUGGUCCUCUGCCAGGCGCCCCGGGGACCAGCGGUCCCGGUGCCAGUGGGAGGAGGGACCAUGCUGACCAAGAUGUACCCUCGCGGCAACCACUGGGCGGUGGGGCACUUAAUGGGAAAAAAGAGCACAGGAGAAUCCCCACCUAUUUCUGAAGAAAGGAGCCUAAAACAGCAGCUGACAGAGUACAUUCAGUGGGAAGAUGCUGCAAGGAAUUUGCUGGAUCUCCUAGAAGCAAAGGGGAACAGAAGCCUCCAGCCUCAAGCACAGACCUUGGGCAACUACCAGCCUACUUGGGAUUCAGCAGCUUCAAAGAUGUAGAUUCAAAUUGCAAAGGUUCUCAAGGAGAAGAAGAAAUGCCCAGAUGAGUGAAAAAUAACAAUGACCAUCUCUCUCAAAGGAGAAAAAUAAAACCCCUAAGAGACUGCAUUCUGCAAACAUCGGUUCCACUGGAUCAUCAAGAUUUCCUUUGUGCAAAAUACUCAACUGUUUCUGUAUCUUUCAACCUUGACUAACUUCAUGAGUUUCAAGCAGCAUCUUCUGAUUUGAACUUGUUUUCUGUGAACAAUUGUUCCAACAGAGUCUUCCAAAUUAAUGCUUUUUACAGCUAGGCUAUUUGUUGAUUAGAUUGAAAGCCCCAAGCUGUUACCAUUCACAAUAAAAGCUUAAACAAGUUGUCC